UUUAUUAGAAGUAUACUAUUUAGAGUCUAGAUAAAAAGGUGUCACUCUAGGGUUAACGUUUAUUAUUUGUUUUCAAAAUGUUGCAAACAAAUCGAGUUCUUCAAAAAGAGCAGGCUGAACUGUUUGCUAUUCAAAAGAAACUCGACCGUGUGCUCCCAGUAAUUCAGGAGGCAUUAAAUUCACUAAAGGUAGAGGAACUGCAUCUUAAGUCUCAGGUGGUGGGCCAGCAGAACCCAAAAACUGACUCCGCUCCUGCAAAGGAUUCCCUUUACAUUGAUCUGACGACGGAGCAACCCCCAGUCACUACUGUGAUGGAGUCUCAGCUCAUCAACAGCCAGCGAAUAGAUCUGGAUCUCAUAAGCCAAACGAGGCGUUUCGAUGAGGAAGUCGACUCGGAUUAAAAUUGUUAUUUUGAUUAGCAUCUUGGCUGGAACUUUACCGAACAACGUACAUGUUGGGGGAAUACAAAUAAACACAAUACAGUACAAAAA